CUUCCUCUAGUGCCAGAGCAAUGAAGGAGCGUCGAGUGACAAAUCGAGGCGCUCCGGCAGCUCCAGCUGCUGCUGCUGCUGCUGCUGCGUCCCGGCGGAGAAAGAAGCCGGCAUUUGAUCCAUCCGGCGGCUUCUUCUCUGGCGUCCGCAUUGGAGCUGUCGCAGCAUUCGCGAUUUUUGUUCUCACUGCGAUCACUCUCGUCGUUCUUCUCUCUGCUCUCUAUCCUCGCGAAACUCCGAGAUCCAUCACGCCGGUGGCGCUUCCAAAGAUCAUGGAUUUGCCUCAGUUUCAAGGCGAGCACAAGGAGCGACUCUACUGGGGAACCUAUAGACCGCAUUUAUAUCUUGGAAUUCGAUCCAGAACACCAAAAUCAUUGUUAGCUGGACUCAUGUGGCUUGGUAUCAAGGAUGGAUACUACGCUCUUCGUCACACCUGUGAAGACUCUGAUGGACUUAAACGUUAUGGUUGGGUUCGACACGAUGGGAUCUCUUAUGGUCGCCAGGUGAUUCUAGAUCAAAAUAUGAAUAUCACCACUUUUUUCUCUAAGAGUUGGAAUGACGGAAGUGGCUAUGGAGGUGAUUGGUCUGUCCGCGUGAAUCUUCAUGACAGCAGUGAAAUAAGUCGACUUCCGAAUGGAGAGUCGUCUCUUUACUUUUACAUUGCGGAGGAGGAAGGCAGCCAAAUAAGAAUAUCGAGAAAUGACGCAUCUGGACUAGCUGCUUCGGGGCACAGACAUGAUAUUGGACACUGGCAGAUUCACAUCAGUGCCGAGAACAAUACUUUUUUUCAUUACGCUGGGUUCCGGACGGGAAACAUGCACAAUAUAACACAGCUUGUCCAAAAUUCAUUAAUCGUUCAGGAGCGUAAAUUGCAACUACCUGAUACUUAUGAAAAAUCUUCAAAUAUAGUAGUUUUUCAGGUUUUAGGCCGCAACCAUCUUCAGCUAGAUGUGACUUUUCUAGCUGGUGUCGACGAGAAAAAGUUCUCGGUACAGUCUCGUCUUGAGCGUUUAUCUGGGAUUCGAUUGGAUGAAACGUUAAAAGUGCAAGAGCAAAGUUUUGAUAAGCGUUUUGAGAACGCGUACAAGCUUGAUAACAAAGAGCUUUCUAGCUUUGGUGCUACCAACGCAGUGGAAAUUGGCAAGGCUGCCCUCAGUAAUCUUUUGGGAGGAAUCAGCUACUUCUAUGGCCAGUCGCUUAUUUCCAUACCUUCAAAAGAGCAGAAACACCACCGAGAAAGUUUUUGGAAGUACUGGCCAGCUGCAUUGUAUAGCGCUGUUCCAUGCCGCUCUUUCUUCCCUCGAGGUUUUUUGUGGGAUGAAGGCUUUCAUCAAAUAAUAAUAAGUAGAUGGGACCGGAACCUGACAUACGAUAUCGUUGGGCACUGGUUAGACUUACUUAACGUCGACGGCUGGAUUCCAAGGGAGCAGAUUCUAGGAGAAGAAGCCCGAGUAAGGGUUCCCGAUGAGUAUAUUUUGCAGCACACGGAUAACGCGAACCCUCCAACGUUGUUUCUACCCUUGCAUGGUCUGAAAACUUGUUAUCUCUAUUGUGACUUCUUUCUCUGCCCUGCUGCAGAUAUUGCGUUAGCAUCACUAGAAAGUGGAAAAGAAAAUAACGCUGAGAGGGCCUUCUUGGAAAAAACCUUCCCAAGGCUACAAGCUUGGUUUGGGUGGUUCAAUAGAACGCAAGCAGGUACAUUUCCUGGGACUUACUAUUGGCAUGGAAGAAGUAUUACCGAUAAGGAAUUAAAUGCCAAGAGUUUGUCGUCUGGUUUGGAUGACUAUCCACGAGCUUCACAUCCAAGUGCUGAUGAGCGACACGUUGAUUUACGUUGCUGGAUGGCCUUGGCAGCGAAAUCUAUGGUUAUGAUUGCCAAAAUCAUCGGGGCACCACAUGAAGAAUACGAGGCUAUGUCACAGGUUUUGUCAGACUUUGAUGUUCUUAACCAGCUCCACUACGAUCGCAAGAGAGGACGUUACUACGAUUACGGCAAUCAUACUGAAAAAGUGAAGCUGGAAUGGGACAACUUCUUCGACCCAAGAACCGGACAAGUACAGCAAGUUCUCCGCAGAGUCGUAUCUGGACGUCCAAAGUUGCAGCUGGUUCCACAAUUUGGCUACGUGAGCCUCUUCCCCUUCAUAGUGAAACUUAUUCCCGCGGACUCGCAAAUCUUGGAAGCACACCUCAACCUCAUCCAGAGCGAAAAGCUCCUCUGGACGAGCUACGGGUUGCGCUCGUUAGCAACAACAAGCUCUAUUUAUAACAGACGUAACACCGAGCAUGACGCUCCUUACUGGAGAGGCCCUGUAUGGAUCAACAUGAACUAUCUCGUCCUUUCAUCCCUUCACUACUACUCGCAAGAGCCAGGCCCAUACAAAGACGCUGCUGCCUCUGUCUACAAACAGCUUCGUGCCAAUCUGAUAAGCAACGUUGCACGGCGCUACAACGAAGUGGGAUACAUCUUUGAGCAGUAUGAUCAUACAAAAGAAGGCGAAGGUAAAGGAGCCAGGCCGUUUACCGGUUGGAGCUCCUUGAUACUACUGAUCAUGGCAGAGCAGUACCAACGCUAGAACGAGGCGUCCACACUGCUCUCACAAUGUUUACCAGAGGAAUUCUUCCCAGACAAGGCAUCAAGCGAAUCCAGC